AUGGAAUCCCAACCACCAGAAAGACGAGAACCCUUCUGGUCCCACUUCAGCAACCUAGUCCGUAGAAUGAACCCCCUACCCCACGGAACCCCAGCCUCCACCAGCGUAACCCCCUUCGACAAGGACCCCUUCACAACCGGCGUGAUAAACCUCCACGGCUGCACCUGCAUCAUAAUCAUCACCGAAAAAGGCCUCUACAACUCCCAUUUCUGGGACGGGCCAUCCUUCUCCCAAAGCACUGUCCCAAUCCACGGCCCGAAAAUCUUCGAACACGACGUCCUACGCCCCAUAACAUACGGCCUCCGGUUCUGCACCUCCAAUGACACCAUCCUCGAAGGUCCCCCGGCAUGCAACCACUACAUUAGGGACGAAUAUGAGCCCCUCGCCUUCAUAUUUAGUCCGAAGAAAUGGAACUCGGAUGUCAUGCAGUAUCCGGCGCAGAUUGUUAAGAUUGCUCAUGCGCUUUGGGAUGUCUUGCCUAGUGCGGAUGUUCAGGUUGUGGGAUAUGUUAAUGUGGGGAGGGCGGAUCCGGUUCUGAGGGAUUCGGAUUUUAUUGAUCCUGAUGUUGGGGAUAUUGGGCAGUUGGAGGGGAAGGUGGUUGUGGAUUAUCAGCCUAGGGUUCGAUUGCAGGAUGGGAGAGUGGGUUCGGUGGUGGAUGUUUGGAUAGGGGAUGAGGUGGAGAGGGUUUGGAGGAAGGAGUGGAAUAGUAGCAAUGUGCGAGAACAGAACCAAAGGCUGAUGGAUAGGAAAAGAAAUGUCAACCGCGCAAAUUCGUAG